AUGGCCAGAGAGGAGUGCAAGGCGCUGCUGGACGCGCUUAAUAAGACCACAGCGUGCUAUCAUCACUUGGUGCUGACUGUGGGGGGCUCCGCGGACACGCAGGACCUGCGCGAGGAGCUGCAGAAGACCCGCCAGAAGGCGCGCGAGCUGGCUGUGGCGACAGGCGCCCGGUUGACCGUCGCGCUGCGUGACCGAGGCUUGGCUACCGAGGAGCGCGCGGAGUUUGAGCGGCUCUGGGUGGCCUUUUCGGGCUGCCUGGACCUGCUCGAGGCCGACAUGCAGCGCUCACUGACUCUGGGAGCAGCCUUCCCGCUGCACGCGCCGCGCCGGCCACUCGUACGCACUGGAGUAGCUGGCGGCUCCUCUGCAGUGGCCGCGCGCGCCCUGAGCGCACGCAGCCUGCGACACGAGGCCGAGGGAGACUUCGACGUCGCCGACCUGCCUGAGUUGGAGCGCGAAGUCCUCCAAGUGGGCAAGAUGAUCGACGACAUGGAAAUGAAAGUCAAUGUACCCCGCUGGACUGUGCAGGCGCGGCAGGCAGCGGGCGCCGAACUCCUGUCCGGUGCCAGUGCUGGUGCGUCCUCGGCUGGUGGCAUUUCGGUACAGGAACGCGCGGGACCCUGCGACCCCAGCAAGGCCCUGGCCGCCACUGUUUUCAGUGCCGUGCUGCUGGUGGCUGUGGCACUCGCCUUAUGUGUAGCAAAGCUGAGCUGA